CUAUUAUCUUACAUCCGCUUAAACUUAAUUUCCUUAUCGUCUAAAAAUUUUGUGUGUGUUGUCCAAAUCUAAAGUUAAUAAACUGUAAUGCAGACAGUAAAUUUUUGGUUUCUUUUUUCCCUUUUAAAAAAAUGUAAGAAACAUAGUACAUUAAAAUUUUUUGAGAAGCUCAAUAUCUCUAUAUAUGUCAACGGGAAGCUCAGUUAUGCCAUUAAAGGUUGAUGAAUCAGUCUUCUCAAUAAGGAUGAUAUGAUAGGCAACAUACACAGCCAACGAAAGCAAUCUUUGUGCUUUACCCCGCUUUUUUUGUCCUUUCAUCAGCACGGUCACAGCUGCCUUUUAUUUUUUGUUAUUUUUUCUUUUGGGUUGCUUGUUCAUUUUCCAGGUACAACAGUUAUACUUUUCAACACCAUUCCAACAAUGGCCAUGUUGCAGCAGUAUAAGAAACUGAUACUAUGCAACGCGAAGCAUCAUACAACGGCUUUUCCUAUCUGUACCACAGUAAAACCUUUAGUCAAAACUAUCAGAGUUGGCUGUCGGCGGCAUUCAAGCAAAGCGAUAAAUAGCAGUCCUGUAUGGGUAAUAACGGACGGCGGCAUUGAAUCCACCCUGCAGGCAUUAGUUCUGGGCAGACAUCUAGCUGGUAGCUCUUCUAAAGAGGGCCUACAGCUUAAAACGAUGGUUAUUAAUAAAAAGUUAGAGUUGUUACCUGUCAUACUUCAAAAAUACUUUAUCGAUUGGCAGUUAUCAAAAUACAAAAAGUUAGAGUUUACCGAUAAGCUGCCAUGGUUUUUAACUUCAUCCUCUGACAAUCAGGAAGAGAAUAAUGUUUUGAAUUCGACGUCUAUACCAGCCUUUAUAAUAACUAGUGGUCACAGAUCAAUACCAGCAUGUCUUUAUUAUACAAAUCUAUUUAAAAGAAUCAAUGAAAAGCAGCAGCCUGUCACAUCAGUGUAUGUUGGCUAUCCAAAUUUACCAUUUAUACAUUUUGAUCAAGUCGUCUUGCCUAAAUACGAAGCCAACGGGAAAAUGGCACAUUUGGGACCGCUUGCCCGUCAAAAGAAUGGUAUUAUCGCACCUGCACCCUUAGUGGAUAAUAGCCCGGCAAUAAUCAAUAAUCAACUCUUGAAACAAAUUCCUUUUGGUAGAUUUACCUCAGUGAUCGUUGGCGGGCACUCGCCUUUCUGUAGAUGGUAUUCAGAGGACGCCGUAAUGUUAACAGAUAAUAUCAAAGUAAGUACAUACUACUUUUUCUGGGGCUUGUACAUAUCUAUUUGCAAAAGAGAGGAGGAACACUAACAUGAACUGUGGGCUUUCUCAACAGCGUAUUGUUCAAAACUUCAACGAGAAAGUAGUGAUUGUGUUUACAGAGAAGACUUCAAACUUGACGA